AUGGCAAUAUCAGCUGGUUCUGCUACAAUAUUUGCUUAUUUGGGCGAAUUUCAUUCUCAAAAGAAACGCAACAAAGCUAUUAUGUGUGCUGCUUUAAUAAGCGCUUUCAGUGCCAUAUUUCUACCAAUUAUUGCGUGGCUUUUUAUUAAUCAAGAUUGGGAAUUGGAUAUACCACUUUUACACAUUGUCUUUAAACCCUGGCGUUUAUAUCUGAUAGUAUGUGGUCUUUCUGGACUUGUUUGUUUUAUUAUUUUGGGCUAUUUACCCGAAAGUCCUAAAUAUUUAUUGGGUUUAAAUAGGCCAAAGGAAGUUUUGGAUAUUUUAAAAAAUAUGCAUCGUAAAAAUACGAAAGGGAAUAAAAAUCUUAAAGAUGAAAAAUUUACGAUUACAGCAAUUUUACCCGAUUUAGAUACACCAUUACGCAAGAAGUCCGUGGGUGAUAAGAAAUCUAUUACCUCUAUAUUACACUUAAUAUGGAACCAAACCGCACCCUUGUUUAUGCGACAACAUAUUCGUAAGACUUGCCUGUCAUCUCUAAUACAAUUUAUUACACUUUUUACUGCUCAUGGCAUCUAUAUGUGGUUUCCUUAUAUACUCAAUAGUACCAUGUUAUAUACACAACAAUAUGAGGAACCUCUAUGUCUCUGUGAUAUUUUAAGAGUUACCCAAUCGGCAAAUUUUUCCAAUACAAAUAGUUUAGAUAGUGAGCUAAAUAAUACCUGCACCACAAAAUUGGAAAUAUCCACCUAUAAGCACACGAUUACAUUGGAGGUCAUCUAUAUGACAUUGAUGUUGUGUGUGAUUUUUGCCAGUAAAAAAUUUAAUCGGACUGGCAUUUUAUUUGUUAUUCUAGCAUUGUCUGGUAUUUUCGGCAUUCUCAGCUUGAUCAUCAAAAUACCUUUAGUAGCGAUUUAUAUGAUUGCCCUAAUGUUGUGUUCUGGUCUUGCAACAAUUGUUAUGAGUGCAGUUGUAGUAGAUAUUUAUCCAACAAAUUUAAGAGCUAUGGCUGUUUGUAUAUCGUUGAUGCUGGGUCGCAUUGGCAGUGUAUCGGGUAGCUAUGUAUUGGGUGCUCUAAUAGAAUGUCAUUGUGAAUUAGCAUUUUAUACAUCAUCAUUUGCAUUGAUAAUGGCUGGUUGUUUGGGUUUCCUAAUGCCCAAAACUCAGGAUAAUAAAAAGCCAAAUAAUGACAAUGAAAAUAUCUAAUUAUAAUUCAUUAUUAAUUAAUUUAUUUAUAUACACACAUACUACUUAUUUACUCACUUUAAAAUAUAAAAAAUAUACAAAUAAAA